AUGGCAUUCUCACCUCGCGCACUAAACAAAUCAUCCCCUCACCCUCUCAAAGUCCUCAUCCCACUCUUCCCGGACUUCAACACCUUCGACGCCAACGGACCCAUCGAAGUCCUCUCCCAAGCAAACCGCAACAACCCAUCUGGCUCUCCAAUCUUCGCCCUUUCCAUCGCAUCUGACACUGAACUCACACGUUCCAUCGAAGGAGUCUCUAUCGCGCGCGAUAUCUCGCUUACAGAUGCACUUGCACGGGUUGAGGAAUGGGAUAUUGUUCUCCUGCCUGGUGGAGUGAGAGAUACGAUUCUGGGGAUUAUUGAGAAACACCAGAGUGGUGAGAACAAGAGUACAUUAUUGGAGGUGCUAGAGAAGUAUGCGGCGGUGAAGGAUGGGUUGACCUUGACCGUUUGUACGGGGUCGUUGUUUUUGGCUGCCCUGGGGACGUUGAGUGGGAGGACAGCGACGUCGCAUUGGGGUUCUUUGGCAACAAUGAAAAGUUUGUGUGAUAAAAAUGGAUCCAAGACCAAGGUUGUGCGAGCUCGAUGGGUUGAUUCGAGGGAGGAGGGGUUGCCAAGAUUAAUUACUGCGGGGGGAGUGGCUUGUGGUAUUGACGCUACUUUCUACCUGCUCGAAUUAAUUGCUGGGCCAGAGCUUGCCGCAAAAGCUGCGACUGUUGUGGACUACCAGAGGAGAGGGGAGGAGUUGCAGGAAGACUACGUUAUUCCAGAUGGGAAAUAA